AUGACCAAAGUAACAAUACACGGUAUACUCCUCAAUGCAAUGAUCAUGAAAAAGACUAUGUACAUAUGCAUCAUUCUUGAGAGUGUCUUCGCCCCAAUAGUCGUGGGUAUCAUGGGCGCCCGGCUGUGGCUCCGCAAACAUCGCCAUCGAUCCUUUCUGCUGAGUGACUACGUCGUCAUCUAUUGCAUUGUAUGUUACUUGGCGGCCUACGCCUGCAAAGUAGCCGCCUUCUGUCUGCUCGACCAGUACUCCACCGGUCCACCGUCUCCGGAGCGCCGCGCAAAGCUAUCACUAGCCACCAAGAUCUAUUUCUGCGGUCCAUUUCUCUAUGUCAAUUUCGUCUGGGGCCUCAAAGCCGUAGUGCUGCUCUUUAUUCAGAACAUCUGGGGGGAUCUCCCGUGGCCACGGAUCUGGAUCCGGUUGGCCUGGGUAUAUCAAGCCCUGACCUAUACUGCUACGAUGGUCAUGUUGGGCUUUCUUUGCACUGGAGUGGGAUACAGUCCGGUUUUGACAGGGAAACCAGCAAUUCACUGUAUUACGGCGAAUGAUUUCCUCCGAAUUUACGGCUGUCUCCACGCCUCGAGUGAGAUAGUGCUGAUUCUGCUUCCCAUCCCCUGGUUGAUCAAGGUGAAACAACCUUGGAAGAAACGCAUCCUUCUCCUCUGCCUCUUUUCCCUCGGAAUCCUCGCCGUCUUCGUCUCUUUAGCCCGCGGCUUUUUCGGUCAUAUGAGUUAUGGAGUCACUACCAUCAUGAACGUGUCCGAAGGGACCCUGGCGGCCCUGGCGGCCAACCUGCCGACCAUGUACAGUCUUCGACACCGGCGACUGCAGCAUCAUUUUCCCCCAUCGUCGUCCGCCACGGAUCCGGAGUGUACGAUUGCGACUGCGACCAUAUCUCGCCGCCAAUCCCCCGCCCACGUCGUCACCGACAGCCAGAUCCUCGCAGACUCCUGGGAGGACAGCGAUACGGACGGCCGAUCCGAACGCCCGUCGAAUACUCGUGUGUCGAGUCAGGGAAGCACGGAGCCUUUGUUUCCACGGCAGAUACAUCGAUGA